GAAUUACUUUCGCCUGAAUUUUGCAACCUCAUUUAACUUGGAGAGCUCUACUUCUGUGCUACCACUAUGACAUCUAUGCGCCAGUCGCGGUCAUUGGCCGGUGGCCCCAAUAUUUCUGUCAGGAAAUCUGUGCAAAGCUUUCAGAGAGUAGGAAGUGUUGCUGGUGGUGGUGGUGCAGGUGGUGGGUAUGGAGGGGGACCUGCUGGUGGAUAUGGAGGUAUGAUGAAUGGUGUAGGAUUUGGUGAUUUUGAAAGUGGCUAUGGAGGGGGUGAAUUUAAUGAAGGUUUUGCAGCUGGUUUUGGUGCAGGAGCUGGAGGAGGAUUUGGUGGAGGAGCUGGAGGAGGAUAUGGUGGAGGAGCUGGAGGAGGAUUUGGUGGAGGAGCUGGAGGAGGAUAUGGUGGAGGAGCUGGGGGAGGAUUUGGUGGAGGAGCUGGGGGAGGAUAUGGUGGUGGCUUUGGUGGAGCAGCUGGUGGAGGAUUUGGUGGUGGUUUUGGCAGAGGAGCUGGUGGCUUUGAAGGCAUCCUGGCCACCAAUGAAAAGCAUACCAUGCAAAAUCUUAAUGACCGCUUAGCCAGUUACUUGGAUAAGGUUCAAGCUUUGGAAAAUGAUAAUACUGAUCUUGAGAAGAAAAUACGAGAAUGGUAUGAAAAACUUCGUCCAGCAACUGGUGGUGUAGGAACAGUGGACUACAGUAAAUACUUACCAAUUAUUGAGGAACUCAGGAAAAAGAUCAUGGACAGCACUUUGGAAAAUGCCAGGAUACUCUUACAGACUGACAAUGCCCGGCUGGCGGCUGAUGACUUCAGGCUGAAGUAUGAGAAUGAGCUGGCCCUUCGCCAGAGUGUGGAGGCUGAUAUUAAUGGCCUACGUAGAGUGCUCGAUGAGUUGACCCUGUGCAAGGCUGAUCUGGAAUUGCAGAUUGAAAGUUUGACUGAAGAACUGGCAUAUCUGAAGAAGAAUCAUCAGGAGGAACUGGAUGCCCUUGGAGGUGGACCUGCUGGCCAGCUCACUGUUGAGAUGAAUGCUGCUCCAGGAACUGAUUUGACCAAGUUACUCAAUGACAUGAGAGAGCAAUAUGAAACCUUGGCUGACAAGAACAGAAGAGAGGCAGAGAGAGUGUUUAAUGAGCAGAGCAAAGAAAUAAAGAAAGAGAUCCAAGCGGGAGUGCAGCAGGCACAGUCUAACACUACAGAGAUCUCAGAUCUAAAACGGAGCCUUCAGGGAUUGGAGAUAGAACUUCAGUCACAGCUGGCAAUGAAACAAUCGUUGGAAAAAACCCUGGCAGAAACAGAAGGACGCUAUUGCUCUCAGCUCGGGCAGUUACAAAACUUAAUCACAAGCGUGGAGGAGCAGCUGAUCCAACUGAGAAGUGACAUGGAGCUUCAGAGCAAUGAGUACAAACAGCUGCUGGACAUCAAGACGCGGUUGGAGCAGGAGAUAGAGAUUUAUCGCAAAUUGUUGGAUGGAGAGGGAGGAAAACUGAUUGCUGGGAUGUCAGAUGGAAAGUCCAACACUCUUUCAGACUCUUCCAGAGAUCCAUCAAAAACCAGAAAAGUAAAGACCAUUGUGGAAGAAGUGGUAGAUGGAAAGGUUGUUUCAUCAAGAGUUGAGGAAAUUGAAGAGCAUGUUAAAUAAGAAUUUAGCUCUGAAAUCUUCAGGCACACAAUGGAAAAUUCUGUUGAUUUCAAGAUGCAAUAAAGCAUUUCAAGCUAA